UUGCCAACUUCAGAUUAUUGUUCGAUCAUCGUUCAUCAAUCAAGCGGUUUUUAUUAAUUCGUUAAUUUACAUUGUUUUUUUAAUGUUGUGCCAAUUUAUCUUGUAAAUAAGUGUUAAAAUGCGAUUAAAAGUAUUUUUUUUGUGCUAAAUAUAAUAAAUAAGUCUGUUAUGUUUGCAAACGUGCAUAUGCUUUGUUGUGAGAACCACCUCUAUCUGCUGUCAUUCUAAAACUUGAGCAAGUAAUUUUUCGAUAAUGAAACAUAAGUUUCUGGUUGCAUAGUAUAUUAGUGACCUCCGAAUAGAACUGAAUGAAUGGCCCACCUAGAAGUUGAUGAAUCGUAAUGAGAUUGGUGUUCCAAUUUGGUGUAUCCAUCAGGAGAAUGUACGGUGUCGUUUAGUGGGCGAUAAAGAGAGAGCCAGGGUUCAGAAUGGAAGCAGUGAAGGAUGAGGAGCGUUUGCUCCGUCUACGUGUCCUGGAGGAGAAAAUAUGUGAUCCUCUAUCAGUCGGCAACGUGGAUGGUUUACUCGAUACCGUCACCGCUCUCGUCUGCGACUGCUAUUAUCCGGCCAUUCGACGGAUGAAAAACGUUGAAGCUUAUACAAGCAGAUAUGAAGAAUUUGCUUCUGAGGUAGUUAAUUUGCGUAUGAAAGCAGCUGAUUUUGAUUUGAUCAAAGUUAUAGGCCGUGGGGCUUUCGGUGAGGUACAACUAGUCAGACACAAAUCAACUCGUCAUGUAUAUGCAAUGAAACUGCUCAGUAAAGUAGAAAUGAUAAAAAGAUCAGACUCUACAUUUUUUUGGGAAGAAAGGCACAUUAUGGCCCAUGCUAAUUCAGAGUGGAUACUGAAGCUUCAUUUUGCUUUUCAAGAUCAGAAAUACCUCUAUAUGGUAAUGGACUACAUGCCGGGUGGAGACCUUGUCAGUCUCAUGUCCAAUUAUGAUAUACCUGAGAAAUGGGCAAAAUUUUAUACUAUGGAAAUAGUACUCGCAUUAGAUGUGAUCCACGGAAUGGGUUUCGUUCACAGAGAUGUGAAGCCCGACAAUAUGUUAAUUGAUAAAUAUGGACAUUUGAAGUUAGCAGAUUUUGGAACCUGCAUGAGAAUGGGUCCUGAUGGGCUUGUAAGAGCUAGCAAUGCCGUUGGCACUCCCGACUACAUUUCUCCUGAAGUGUUACAAUCUCAAAAUGGGGAAGGUGUUUAUGGGCGUGAAUGUGAUUGGUGGGCUGUGGGUAUAUUUUUAUAUGAAAUGUUAAUAGGUGAUCCACCAUUUUAUGCUGAUAGUUUAGUUGGUACUUAUGGGAAGAUUAUGGAUCAUAGAAAUUCUUUGCAAUUCCCUGAUGAUGUUGAAAUCUCGAAAGAGGCAAAGUCACUCAUUCGAGGUUUGUUAACAGAUAGAGUGAAACGACUAGGAAGAAAUGAUGUUGCGGAAAUAAAGCAGCAUCCUUUCUUUAAAAAUGACCAGUGGAGUUUUGAAAAUUUAAGAGAUGCUGUACCGCCAGUCGUGCCCGAGUUGUCAAGUGAUGAUGAUACGAGAAAUUUCGAUGAUAUCGAAAAAUCGGAUGCCUUGGACGAGUCUUUUCCAGAACCAAAGGCUUUUGUGGGUAAUCAUUUACCGUUUGUCGGCUUCACUUACAAUGGUGAUUAUCAAAUCUGCGGUGGAAGGAAAAAGGCUGCAGAUGUCGUAGAUACAAUAUCUAACAAUCAUAUAAACAACGCAGGAUCUGAAGCAAUACUACAUUUGGAAAAACUUUUAGAAAGGGAGAGAGAUAGCAGACGUAAACUAGAAGACACACAAGUAAUGUUGUGUGCACAGUUAGAAGAAUUGUCUCAAAGGGAAUCUAGGACUAAAAAAAUUGCUGCAGAUACAGACAAGGAGUUGGUUCUGCUGAAACGUGAUCUCAAAGAAAUACAACGAAAAGCCGAAAUCGAAGCCGAUUGCAGGCGGAACGCCGAGUUCAACUAUAGUGACGUGAAGCGUCGGUUAGAAGAAGAACUCAACAAGAGAGCUAAAGAAAUGAGUCAUUUGCAAAUAUAUAACGAUAAAAUUAAUGUUUUAGAAAAAGAAUUAAAUGAAAUGCGUGAGAAAUUGAAACAGGAGUCUGAAGCUGCGGCUAAAUCACGAAAACAAGCGGCCGAGCUUAGUGCAGCACAAGCAGCAGCGGCUGCUAUGAGUGAUGGUACUGUUGCCAGCCUACGAGCACAGAGGGACGUCCUUGAGAGAGAUUGCAGCAAUCUGUCCGAAGAGCUCGGUACAGUGAAGGCAGACAAGCAAAGAAUGGAGGCAACACUAGCAGAAACAACCAGUCGGCUGACUGCAGCUCAAACAGAGCUUGAACGCUCGACCACGAGAAUAAAUCAGAUAAUAAAUGACAACCGACAACUAUCUGAACGAAUAUCUUCACUAGAAAAAGAGUGUGCUUCCAUGGCACACGACCUGAAGGCCUCGCAGCACAUGUAUCAACAGGAAGUUCGGGCUCAUCAAGAGACGCAACGGUCUCAGUUAGUUUCUAACCAGGAGGCUAACUUAGAGUUAGUUAAAGCCUUGCAAGUUAAAUUGAACGGUGAGAAGGCGGCGCGCCAUCGGGCCGAAUGUCACACGCAGGAUAAGGAACGCCAGAUGUCCAUGCUCAGUGUGGACUACAGACAGAUGCAGCAGAGAUUGCAGAAGCUCCAAGGAGAACAUCGCCAGGAGAGCGAGAAGGUUGUAGGCCUACAAGCGGCCUUGGAACAGGAACGUGCGGCGCGUGUGGCGGCCAGCGCGGAGACAGCGGCCGCGGAGGCUGCGUCCCGCGCUGCAACCGCUGAAAGGGACGCUCGCACUCGGGAACUACACGCCGCCCGGGCCGCCCUGCAUGACGCCUCGGAGAAACUGGCUGCUGCAGCCGCUGAAAGGGACAUGCAUUAUUCAAGGAGCGAGGAGUUACGCUCCCAGCUGGAGAAUGAACAGCAUUACUGCGUCGUGUAUCGGAACCAGGCGAACGAAGUGCGAGCUCAGCUGGACGAGCGGGAGCGAUCAGCUCGCGACCUGGAACAGGAACGAGCCAGUCUCAUGCAUCAGCUGCAGCUUGCCAUCGCCAGGGCUGAUUCGGAGGCGAUCGCCAGGUCUAUAGCAGAGGAGACGGUCGGAGAGUUGGAGAAAGAGAAGACGAUGAAGGAGUUGGAGAUGAGGGACGCUCUGGCGCAGCACCGCGGCGAGCUGGCGGCCAGGGACGCGCUGGUGCAGGGCCUGAGGGACAGAGACCACGAGAACAGAGCCACCAUAGACCUGCAACGGAAGGAGGUGGACGAGCUUAGACGCAGCGGCACCGCGCUGGCCGAACGAGUGGCGACGCUGCAGAGACUACAGGACGACGUCGACCGGCUUAACAAGAAACUCAACUCGGAGAUCAUGCUCAAACAACAGGCCGUCAAUAAACUGGCCGAGAUUAUGAACAGGAAAGACAUGAAUCCAGCGUCCACCAAGAACAAGAGCAAGAUGUCAGUGCGCAAGGACAAGGACUACCGCAAGCUGCAACAGGAACUGACCAGGGAGAAGGAGAAGUUCGACCAGCACAUCUGCAAGCUGCACAGAGACCUGCAGGAGGCGCAGCAACAGAUACUGGAGGAGCAACAGACGAAGCUGCGACUGGCCAUGGAGGUCGACAGCAAGGACGCGGAGAUCGAACAGUUGAAAGAGAAACUGGCGGCGCUGACGAGCGAGACGGCCUCGCAGUCCUCCGCGGACGCAGAGGACGGCGACACGGAGCAGACGCUGGAGGGCUGGCUGUCCGUGCCCUUCAAGCAGAACAUACGGCGGCACGGCUGGAAGAAGCAAUACGUGGUGGUCUCCUCCAAGAAGAUCAUAUUCUACAACUCGGAGAACGACAAGCAGAACACCACCGACCCCGUCAUGAUCCUCGACCUGAGCAAAGUGUUUCACGUGCGGUCAGUGACCCAGGGUGACGUCAUCCGCGCCGAUGCUAAGGACAUUCCUCGCAUCUUCCAGCUGCUGUACGCUGGAGAGGGCGAGGCUCGUCGGCCGGGAGACGCUCAGGACACGCCCACUGACGGGCCAGACCAUGCUGGUAACACGGUCCAACACAAGGGUCACGACCUGGUCAGCAUCACGUACCACAUCCCCACGGCCUGCGAGGUCUGCACCAGGCCUCUGUGGAACAUGUUCCGUCCGCCGCAGGCCUACGAGUGUAGACGUUGUCGUAUGAAGAUCCACGUGGAGCACGUGUCGGAGGGCGAGGGCGUGGCGGCCUGCAAGUUACACGCGGACCGGGCGCGGGAACUGUUGCUACUGGCGGCCGGCGCGCCCGAACAGAGGCGGUGGGUGGCGAGACUAGCCCGCCGCGUCCAGAGGCACGGCUACCGAGCGGCCAUCACCAACAACCAUGAAAACAAUAAGCUGUCACCCAGGGACUCGAUGCGUUCAAACCUGAAGCCGGGAUAUCUGAACGCAUCUCAGCGCAGUUCAACCCUGCCAGCGAACGCCUCCCUUCCUCGCCAGUGACUUCCAUCCGCUACACUCCCCGCACUGCGGAUGUUUGAUCUAUUGAUACGAACGUGUCGCUAAACUGGAGUUGUUAUAUAGCUAGCAGUGUUGUUGUGACCACAAGAAAUAUAUCCGUAUGUUAUAUACGGAGCCCUGUGCAUGUAUCUCCAACUAUACCGUGUGCUCAGACUGAUGAACGAAAUUUUUGUACCUUAUAUAUAAAAUUUAGCUAGUCUCCUAAAAUGUAGGCCUUCCAAAAUGUCCAAAUACAACGUGUUAGGUAUCCAUGUACUUAUUGUGAACUUAUAAAAUUAUAGCUAAAGCGAUAGAUAGAGAUCUGAUAGCUGACAUUUCAUGUGGAAAAUUUUAUAUAGAAUUUUUUUAUCAUUGCCUUUUAAGAGAUCCGAUGAGCACACUUACUUGAUAACAUCACUGUCGAUAGAAUCUAUCGGCAGAUCGUGACUGUUAGCGUUCACAUCAGUGAAUUGAUGAUUGGAAUUGAUUUUGUUUUACAAGUUUAUUGUAAAGUACCGAUUGAUGUAUUUAAAUAAUAAUAAUAUUAUGGUUAUACGAAAAAAAUAUAUUUUUCAAGUGUUCAGUUCAAUGUACAUAUAAGUUACUGUGUUGAUAUUAUGUUGCUAUAUCUGGCUUGUUAAUAUGAUACGCGUUCAAGGUACCGCAGUCUCUGUGCGAUAUAACGCUUCGUGAUUAUACAUUGCGUACCAAUAACCAAACGUUGCUUUUAGUCGAUGUUCUUUUUUUUUUGUAAUCUUAUAAAAAAAAAAAAUACAGUGUCCUAGAACAAUACAAUAAUUAUAAUAAAUUAAUACGAAAAUAUAAAAACUCCAACUAGAAUUUAAUAAAAAAGAAAAAAUAUGUAGCAAUGAUUUAUAAAAUCUCUGAUAUAGAUAUAUUUUUGUACAAAAAUGUUUUUGAAUGUACGUUAUUAACUAACACUAGCGAUUGGAUCGUGAUAUUGAUUAGAUUUGACUCACUACGAAGCUCACUGAAUGUUUGUACACAUCCUACGUACCUAGAUGAUAAUGAACGGCCUAUACGAUAUACACAUAGUGGUGUUAGUUUACUAUUGAGAAACUAACAUUAAAUCUUAAUGGAAGGAAACAUUUAUACUGCGGAAUUGCACUGUUUUUAAUUAUAUAUUUUUCUAUUAAACAUCAUGUCGCAUACGUAGUCGAGUAAUAAUGGGUUAUGUUUUUUCCGCACUGGUACACAACUGACUCCACCCGAAGCCCGGAAUAAUUUAAUGUUUUAAUAUAUAAAAACGGCUAAAGCAUUUACUUAACGAAUCAGUGCCAUAUGUGUUCCAUAAUUUUGGUAUUUGCUCAACCUGACUGUGGAAGGCUUCCGUUUGAAAAGUUUAAGUAACGAACGAAACAUUUAUAAUGAAAAGAUUUAUUGCUCCAAUCAUUAGAAUUCCUUAUAUAGUUUAUCGGUGCCAAAAUUUAAAUUCAUGAUGAUCAUGUACAAAUAAUUUUUAAUAGUUAUAUUUAUCGGACAUAUUCGCUGCGGCAUCUUAUAUGGUUGCAGAACGCGUGAGCUCAAAGGACAUAGAUUAUAAAAAUAUCUUAUAAAACCAAAUCAAACCGUACGGAUGUUGUCUAAUACAGAUUAUAGUGAUUUUUAAAGUACAAAACUAGUUGUGGAAGUACAUACAUUUAUCGUUCAAUUAAUUUUCAAUUGUCUGCCUAACUCGACUGAAAUGUUAAAAUACCAUCAAGGUUUUAUCGUUAGAAAUGAAUCUUCUGUCGUUAACACGAAAUGUAUGAAUAUGUAAUGAUAUCUCAACUGAGAACAGCUGUGAUAUUGAAGUAGUGACAUCUGGUGCUAAAAUCCUGAACUACCGCGCAUUGUUAUUACCUAUGGUACUUGUUAAACGUUUGUAAUCCGCUGUUUUAUUUCUCACAGAACUUUACAUUCCGUAACAAAUGCUACGUUGUUUUAUUAUUAUUAUUAUUAUUUGUUUACGUUAGUGUUUUUUUUCUCUAACCGGAGUCGGACGUCGCUCGAUCCCUUACCGCUUCUAUUAUAGUUCUUAAGUUACGGACAAUCUCUUUGAAAUAAUUUCAAUUAUACGUACUUAAAAUGUUUGAUAAAUUGCGAUUAUAUGGUAGUUGUACGCUUAUGAAGUUUUUUUUUUUGAUAUUCUAUUUUUAAAAUUGUCUCUUUAGGGCAGCUAUCGCAUUAUGACAUAAUUCAAACCCACAAAUUGUUUAAUCAUUCGGUUAUGUUCUCUAUUACCAAAGAAAUUUUGGAAUUUUGUGUAUUUUUUUUUUUUGUUUUUUGAUUUAACAAAUACGAUUGCAAUUUAUGAUACAUAUUUUUUAAAAUUUUUUCGCUAGUUCAUUUAAUAAUUCAUGCUUGUCAUUAAAUAUUAAUUCAGUAUCUAUAUCUGUAACGUUAUUUUUUUUUUAUUUUAGUUCACAACCACUGUUCGUCACUGGUCUAUCAUUUCUGGGAGUAUUUUUAUUUAUUAGGAUCAGGAUACGGUGGUGGUUUAAGAAAUACUCUCACGAUGUGGACCACACAGCAGCCGCGUGUUAUAUAUACAUAUAUAUACGAUUAAUUUAUUUUAUACCAUCCGUUACUGUAAUGUAUUUAACGAUUUAAAAUGUUAAGUUCCUAACUAGCUAGCUUCGUAUCCGAGAGGACUGUCGCUGACACUAUCGAGUUGAACGUUUAUGACGCUGUACGUGGGUGUCCUGUGACAGUUAUGUUGAUAAAUGAUGGGUGUGAUGCUUAACAUUAUAUGAUAGUAUGGACUAUCGCAAUACUGAUCCAGACGUGCCUUAGCUACUCGGCCCACUCUCAUAUCACCUAGGCAUACUAUGUUACAUGUAUUGAUAGUUCUAAUGUACAUAUGUUUUCAAAUAAACCAAUAUUUUACGGAUUUUUUUUUUUAAGAAAUUUGUAUAUUGUAAAGAAUAUUAUUAAUUUUAUCAUAAAAUUAAUGCCUAGCUCAUUUUAAGUGCUACAUUUGUGAAAAAUAAAUAACAUUUUAAUUUUU